AUGAAAAGCAUUGUGUUAACUAUUCUGGUGUUGGUGACGCAUCGAGCUUUGGCGGAAAUAGCAUCCCAACGGGGUGCUCCAACGAAACGUUUCAUUCCCCUGGGCACUACUGAACAUGUGAUUUCGGCACACACUUUCGACACCAAGAAUCCGGAACCGUGGGGUAACAAGCAGUUUAAGGAGAUCACUAUUACCAAAAAUGUGCCCGUACCGUACCCGAUCAAGGUGGAGCGACAUGUAGCCGUUCCAGUAAAGAUACCGGUACCGAUCGCAAUUCAUAACAAGAUACCGAUCGUGGUCGAGCGCAAGAUUCCGGUGUACGUGGAGAAACCGAUACCGGUACAGGUUGAUCGUCCGGUACCGUAUGCACUGCCCGUUGAGAUUCCCGUCUUCCAUAAGGUGGCUGUUGAGGUUCCAAAACCUUACCCGGUGCACGUCCCGAAACCCUACCCAGUGUACAUCAAGAAACCGAUCUUUGUGAAGCAGAAGGUGCAGCAUCAGAAAACCACCGUCAAACGCGUGAAGAAAAGUCCCAGGCUAGGCCAAGUUGCCAAGACGCUGAAAGCUUAA